AUGGCUACCUCCAGUGGUUCCGACUCCAAGGAGUACGAGAACGGCACCUCCGCAACCUUCGACCACGCCGCCGGCCUCAACUCCUCGCAGACCGCUGCCCAGCGCGAGCGCGCUCGUUUUGACUAUGGCGGAAAUCCCUUGGCCCACACCAACACGGGCGAUUCGGCGCGGUUCCCGGCUUUCGGUGGUGAGUUCCAACCAGGUCUCUACAAACCCACCACUGGCCGCAAGUUUGGUAAUCCGGCCCCGCUGGGCUUGAGCGCCUUCGCCCUGACCACCUUCGUCCUCUCCCUCAUCAACAUUGGCGUGAAGAAUGUGCACGAACCUAACAUCGUGGUGGCAUUGGCUUUCGGGUACGGCGGGCUCGUCCAGCUGCUCGCUGGCAUGUGGGAGAUGGCAGUAGGGAACACUUUUGGUGCCACGGCGCUCUCCUCCUAUGGCGGCUUCUGGCUCUCCUUCGCGAUCCUGCUCACUCCGGGCGGCUUCCAGAUCGAGGCGGCAUACACCGGGGCGACGGCCGGCUCGAACGACUUCACCAAUGCCUUCGGCUUCUUCCUCGCCGGCUGGUUUGUCUUCACGAGUAUCCUGCUGCUCUGUACGCUGCGUUCCACCGUCGCCUUCUUCCUGCUCUUCUUCUUCCUCGAUCUCACCUUCCUGCUGCUCUCCAUCGGCUACCUGUACGGCCAGGAUGGCGCUCCCAAGGCCGUGGUCAUCAAGGCUGGGGGCUACUUUGGCAUCUUCGCUGCCUUCAUGUCGUGGUACAAUGCGCUGGCCGGUAUCGCGGAUGACAGCAACUCCUUCUUCGUCAUUCCCGUCGCACACUUCCCAUGGUCCGUCAAGGGCCGCGAGCGGCGCGCCGUCACCAAGAGCGAAGACGUGUAG